AUGGGUUGCUCUGGCUGUGGAGGCUGCGGUGGCUGUGGUGGCUGUGGUGGCUGCAGCAGCUGCACCACGUGCAGAUGCUACCGGGUCGGCUGCUGCUCCAACUGCUGCCCCUGCUGCCGUGGCUGCUGUGGGGGCUGCUGCAGCACCCCUGUGAUGUGCUGCUGCCGCCGCACCUGCUGCCGCUCCUGUGGCUGUGGCUCCUGUGGCUGUAGCUAUGGGAAGGGCUGCUGUCAGCAGAAGUGUGGCUGUAAGAAGCAGUGCUGCUGCUAG